CCUCCCUAGUCUCCAGGCUUGCAGGCCUCCUCUUCCUCCCCUCCAUCUGGUGACCUUCCAGGCUACCCAGCAACCCCAAGACGCUGAGGUCGGGAGCUCUGGUGCCCUGAGAGGCUAGACUAAAUUAAAGGGCACCCGGCGGUCUGGCCGUGGCACCAAGCUCCUCUUGAGAUGCUCCCCGAUCCCUGCUCCCCACCUUAUUGUUGCCCCCCACGCUUGCCCUCUGUGUGACCUGGUGCCCUGGACCAAGGCUGAGGUGGUCCUAAGGCAGAGGAUCAGACAUCCACAAGUUCCCUGUCCAACAUCACACAGGCCCCCUCCCUGGGCACAGUUCCAACAUGGGGUGAGGUACAGAAGAGACUUGAAGGGUGUACCCUGGCACUCAAGGACCUGUACCCUAGAUCAGGCUAUUAUUCCAUAUCCAUAACAGGAAGAAAUGGGCACAGCAAAUCACACUUCUGGGGCGUGAGAAGAGAACGUCAUGUGGUGGCCACUCCCGCCCAAGGUGCAGGGGAGCAGAAGGCCCAGCCCUCAUCCCUGCAGGCCAGGAUCUCGGGUCUAAGGACAGAAAACAGACUGAGCAAUCCUCCCAGCAGUGUCAAUGGCUCCAGCAGCUGGACUUAGACUGGUCUCUAGGACAACCUAGACCACUACUUUUGCCCUUCGGGGUGAUGCAAGAACAGCCACCCCCUACCCCUCUCCGUGUUUCUGAAACCUCUCAUGGCUCUCCUUGGAAAUGGAAACUGGAAGAAAUGGACCUAGCACUAGCAGAUUGUCCCCCUCCCCGGUGUGUUGCUGUUCCUGGAGUCUAUGGUGAUCUUCUCCCCGCAGGGCUCAAGGGCAGGAGCAACCUGGCAGCUUCCUGCCGCUGAAACCACCAAAGUGCCUGCCCAUGGAUGAAGGAGCCCAGGAAUCUAAGACCCGCUUUUGAGACCUCCCCCAGGUCCCUCUGUGAUCACCCCCUUUCUGGGCUGUAACACUGACAAUUUCCAGGAGCUGAGGCGGCAAGCCUUGGAGCUUGAACGGCAAGUUUCUCUGCCAGCCCAGUCCCGAGACUGCACCCCGUGGGCAUCAAGUCUGCACCAUGUUUGCAGCAUCAGGGGUCGUAGCCGGGAGGCCAUACACGUGCAGCGAGUGUGACAAGAGUUUCCGCUAUAGCUGUGUGCUCAGGCGGCACGAGCGUGCCCAUGGAGGCAACAGUCGCUUCCGUUGCCUGGAGUGCGGGGAGCGUUGUGCCCAGGCUGCAGACCUCCGGGCACACAGGCGGGCUCACGCUGGAGAGACGCUUUACAUCUGCAGCGAGUGUGGCCAAAGCUUCAGCCAUAGCGGCCGUCUUGAUCUACACCAAGGCACCCACAGACGGCGGACGCGCGCCUGCCCCUGCCGGGCCUGUGGCCGCCGCUUCCCACAUCUCCUGGCGCUGCUGUUGCACCGGCGUCGCUGGCACCCGCCCGAGCAGCCGCGUAGGUGCCCUCUGUGCGCCCGCACCUUUCGCCAGAGCGCUCUGCGCUUCCACCAGGUACGGGCACACUCACUAGAGGCACCUGUGGUGCCCAUCGGCCAGCCACACGCCUGCACACAGUGCCCGCAAGCCUUCCACAGCGGCGCGGGCCUGCGGAGCCACGCGCGCGUCCACGCAGCCCCGAGUCCCGGGGAGCCCGAGAGCCAGCAGCCCCGCGCUCGGAGCUGUCACGUGUGUGGCAAGAGCUUCGGCAAGAACUCGACGCUGACUCGACACCUGCAAACGCACUCGGGCGAGAAGCCCUUCAAAUGCCCGGAGUGCGGCAAGGGUUUCCUGGAGAGUGCCACGUUGGUGCGCCAUCAGCGGACACACACGGGCGAGAAGCCAUACGCUUGUAGCGACUGUGGGCGCUGUUUCAGUGAGAGUUCCACGCUGCUCCGCCACCGCCGUAGCCACCAGGGUGAGCGGCCGCACGCGUGUGCCACGUGUGGCAAGGGCUUCGGGCAGCGCUCUGACCUGGUGGUCCAUCAGCGCAUCCACACGGGCGAGAGGCCUUUCCCGUGUCCCGAGUGCGGCCGUUGCUUCAGUGACCGCUCAGACCUCACCAAGCACCGCCGCACGCACACGGGCGAGAAGCCCUACCACUGCGAGCAGUGUGGCAAGUGUUUCACGUGCGUGUCCAACCUCAAUGUGCACCGGCGCAACCAUGCCGGCUACAAGCCCCACAAAUGCCCCGAGUGCGGCAAGGCCUUCAGCGUUGGCUCCAAACUGGCGCUGCACCGCAAGACACACCUGGGCGAACGGCCUGCCCAGUGUGCCGAGUGCGGCAAGUGCUUCAGCCACAGCCGCUCGCUGUCACAGCACCAGCGGGCCCACACACGCGCCCGCGCAGCUGCUGCCACCAAGGCCGCCGUGGAGUUCAGCUCCACCAGUACCCCCCUCGUUCUCACCGGGCAGGUUGGACAGUAAAAUGCAGGCUUCCUUCGUCCCAGUUAGGGGACACCAGCUCAGAAGUUUCUGUCCAAGGUUGGGGAGGGAGAGCUGGACAAAUCCCUACAAGGAUUGGGCGGGGGCUGAACAGGGCUCGCUACCUUUCCUUCCGUUCUCUGGUUGCGUUUCACCUGGCUUUUCCCCGGGGGGUUCUUUGCCUUUUUGACUCUUCCUUGCCCGGCUUCUUUCCCUCUGAGGUGUAGGUGCAGGAAGUCCGGGAAAACCUUGUGUGAGAGGGCCCAGGACUGGUCAUUCAUUGCUGUGCUUCAAUGUGUCCGUCCCGUUUUCCCUAGCCCCAUCUCCUUAUUGCAGCCUUCAUCGCUCCAUCUCCAUGACCUCUCUUUCCCCGAGUUCUCUGGCUGCUGUCUGGUUAAUGAGCACAGAAUCAGAUCCCACCACCAGGAGCUUAGCUUGCCUCUUGGUCCACAUGACUGUGCGGCUUCCCCCUCCGUUUCUGAGUCAGGUGGGGUGUUAUGGUGGGAAUCUGAAGACCGGGUAUGCUCACUUUAGUGAGGAUCAUCCCAACCAGAAGUGCCCAGCCUGGCAGAGGUGGCCCACCCGUGCAAAUGUGGGCAGGGGCCCUUCCCUCCCAAUGGCCCCCCACCAUCCCCUGGGCCAGGCCUUAUGGUGUCUAAACAGAGAUGACUCUCUCCUAAUAAUGUUCUCCAGCCAGGUUUGGGAAAAUGGCCCUGGGCCCAAAGCAAUGAGUCCACAGGCUAGACAUUACCAAGUACAGCAUCUGAUUAUUAGUUCCACACCAAGCUUUGAGCCAGGGUUUCUGUUCCCGGUAAUACAGGUGCCACAAUGUGGGGAGGGCAGGAUGCAAAAAUCCCCUGAAUUGGCUAGUGACUUUUUGGCUAGUGAAAUAAAGAGUUAUUUGUUUGGG